UCGAAGCAAUUCGACCAAUUAGUACGUUAAGCGGAGGGCAGAUGUAGUAGAACUAAUCUAAAAACACACAAACCUUAGAGAAUAAUCGAAUAAAGUUUGAGCGUAUACAAUGAAUAGCCGUAGCGGAAAUACCCAGCUGGGAUAUGGAAAUUUUAAACAAUUACAAUUGAGUCCUUUGGUGACAGGUUUUCUCAUUUUCAUGUCCGGCGGCAUGUGUUUGGCCCAAAGUGUGGGUUGGAUAGACGGUUUUGUGAAAAUAACAGAUCGUCACUUUUACUACAGCUGGUUUAUAGCAGUGAUUAUAGGGGCAUUGCUAACACUGCCCUUGCGAAACCUGAUACCCAGAAGAUUUUUAAUGGGUGCUUCAUCGUUAUUGAUUCUAGUUGGUGGCAUCAUCUUUGUCAGCGUCCCCUUUAACAUGGAUGGCUUGAUUGCGGGUCGCUAUUUAAAUGGUAUAGGCAUUGGUUUGGUCACGGUGCCCUAUCUCAUGUAUGCCAGUGAAAUAUCGCUCGAUAGCAAUCGUGGCAAAGCAACUGGUUUGGAGCAGUUGGCCAUUGCCCUGGGUGUAACUAUUCAAAUGGUGUCUACAAAUCAAUGGAAAUCCACAGGAGGAAAUUUUACAGCCAAUAGUUUGCAUGGAAUUUUCGAUAUUAUUUUUGCUGUUUUAGCCUUGGGCUCCCUAUUCUAUUUCAUUGAGUCCCCAGUAGAUUUUCUUAGAUUUGGAGAUGACGAUAGUGCUCUCAAAUCUCUGGGCCAGCUGCAAACACCUCCCACUAUUAAUAUGGAAACCCAUACCCGCUUGGCCGAACUUAGGGAUUAUGUACGUGAAGAGGAAGAUUUACCCAUAGGCGUUUGCUUCAUACGCAGCAUCCUACCUUUAUUGAAAAUGAUUUUCUAUCGCAGUGCAGUUUUAGCUUUGACUUACACCACGAUGCUGACUGUUGUUGCCGGCAUAGCCAGUUUGGUGAAUGGAUCCCCUUGGUCACCUUGCUUGGCUGCAUGUCUAAGAGUUUUGGGCAGCAGUUUGACUCUGAUCGUUAUCGAUAAAUUCGGUCGUAAAAUACCUUCCUUACUUUGGAUUUUAAUUUUGGGUGGCCUUAUGAUUCCCAUAGCCGUACUAAUGGGUGACUUAGGUAAUCUUAUGAGCAUCUAUUAUAUGGAAACUGUAGUUUCGCUUUGGGCCUCAAUGUACUUUUUUGUUGGUCUCUUUGCUCCCAACACCUCGACUUAUAUGAGCGAAGCUUUUCCCUUAAGAACCAAGUGCUACUGCAUGACCAUCUGUGUGGUAAUGGAGCAAAUUAUACAAAUUGUCAUAAUUAACACUGUAGGCUAUUAUGGUAGGGACGACGGAGCCCUUUUGGCUGUAAGUAUUGUAGUGUUGGCAGCAGGAGUUGGUUUAAUUCCUAUGAUACCCGAAACAAAGAAGACUUCUCUGAAGGAAGCUCAGAAGCGUAUUGCUAGUGUGUCUAAUUGUAAUUGGUAUUAAGCAUUGGGAAAGGAGAGAGAGAGGGAGUUUUGAAUAAGAAUGAAAAUAAAGAAAGAAUAAAGAA